AUGACAGAGGGUCACCGUCCACGGCAGGGCCAACAUGGUCCUCAAAUGGCUAUGGUUGGUCAUCAGAACCAACUGUCCGCUGGAUUAUCUAUGGAUACAUACUCAGGGCCAACGAUCCCACAACCAACACCCUGCCGCUCGACGUUGAUCUCCGGCUUGAUCUUGACUCAACAUCCUGCCCCCGCCGAUAAUUCGUCCGUCUCGAUGCAGUCGUAUGUCACUCACCACCCGGUCAUCCAACAAGUAUCAUCCAUGGUGGAUUUUGGGGGCAUCAAAGAUAUCAGUAAAUAA